UAAACAUCAUCAUGAAACUUGUUCCAUCGGAAUUAGGCGGAAGGGUGUCGGUCCCAUCGCUAGGGCCUGCUCCAGGUUCUCCUGCGUCUCGGUUGGACUCCCAUUGGCCGGUUCCAUCGGACUCUGUCGCACCGUGGUCGGGCCAGGAGCGAGGCAGUCGGCGCACAGCAUCCAGCAGCAGCGCUACUAGCGGCAGCCGAACGGAAAGACUCCCAGGCAAGUCGUGGCUGGUUACUUGUGUGCUCGCGUGCGUGUAGACUAUGCGUGUGCCUCGGCUGCGUGGGUGUGCGCCGAGGUAGCCUACCUGGCGGCGUCCAACACGCAGUAAACCGCGCGCUCCUUCGUAUCCACAAUCGUGAAACCGAAGGGACGGGUGUCGCGUCUCUAUGCUCGCCAACCGCGAUUUUAUAACUUUUCCGUACUAACCUUGCCUCGAGGGCCAAGUGUUGCGCCAAGAUUUCUCUUGAAGGAGAGCAGUGUUUCUCGCUAGGGUGUCGUGAAGAAUUGUUCGAAGAGUUCGUGUUUCGCGAGUGCGUGCGGAUUCGAAAACUCGUGUAUCCCUCUCGUCAAGUUGGCUCACAAGUGUAUCGUGUAUGUGUGAUUACGCGAGUGCUAGUGGAUGGUUUCGCGAUAAAACGACCGAAAUACGAACAGUGAUAUCGUUCGUGAAAGCGACUCGAUGUAGCCUGUACUGGUGUCGCGACGAAUGCUUCCGCCAACGAUCGCUGAACAGGAUCACACGUCGGAGAUGCGACGGUGGACCGAUAUCGGUGGAGAGUAAACGCGAGAUCGGGAAGUGUUCUCGACGGCCGACGUUUCCCUGGUGAGCUUAUAUUCUAUGGAUCGAAAGGAUUUUUUGGUCGUGGUUUGGCGUGAUUUCGUUCGCUUCGAUUUCGAUGGGUGACUCGGAGGGAUAGAGGAGAGGAUAGUGGUCCACGUUCGUCACAUUCCAGUGGGCAUUGGCGAUUCCAACAUGGCCGCUAGGACUAGCCGUGACCGCUGGGUCCGCGGAAGCCAUGUUGGCAGGUGUGCUCGGCUCGAGAUAACCAGUUCACGAUCGUGGAACGCACGCGGCUGGCAAACGGGAGCGUGUCAUCGGUAUGCCGACGGACAUCGUGGCGUCGUCGGCCUCGGCCUCUGCCACGGUCACGGAGGAGACAAGCAGAGGUCGAGAGCUAGGCCUUGGGCCGUCACCAAGGUCGGCUCCCUCUUCGGCGAGCGCAUCAUCCUCAGGAUCAGCGGCGCAGUCGACCUCGAGGGGCUUCGAUCCGUCUAGCGCUCUGGCCGCUUAUCACCAUCAUCGACAUGGUCUGGUCGCUGGAUUGGGCCACCCUCACCAUCGCGAGUCCUCUGCAUUUGUGCCCGUGGUACCUUCCAGGCUACACUUGGCACCAUAUCCAGGCGAUAUGCAUCCUCACCUGACCGGCCCUCCACCGUCCUCGUCGACCACGUCGAAUCCGGACCACGAGGUCGGUGCAGAACCAUCCGUCGCGAGAAAAUCCUCGUCCAGUUACGAGAUCAUGGCUAUGAUGGCGGACAAGCGGAAAGAACUGGCGGCAAGGGCUCUCUUGCUUCCUCCACCGCCUCUGCUCGAACCACCGCCUGGUUAUCCGGUAUUCGCUGGCCCAUUCCCGACUGGGUCGGCACUCUAUCCACCUGGUGGACCCCUCGCGCAUCAACACUUGGAUAGGAGAUUGCUCAGAGCGCCGGGAAGGGCAUCCAGGCCUAAGAAACAGUUUAUCUGUAAAUUCUGUAAUCGGCAGUUUACGAAAUCGUACAAUUUGUUGAUCCAUGAAAGAACGCAUACGGAUGAGAGACCGUACUCCUGUGACAUUUGCGGCAAAGCUUUUAGAAGGCAGGAUCACCUUCGAGAUCAUAGGUACAUCCACAGCAAAGAGAAGCCCUUCAAAUGCGGCGAAUGCGGCAAGGGUUUCUGCCAGAGUCGUACCCUGGCCGUGCACAAGAUUCUCCACAUGGAGGAAUCGCCCCACAAAUGUCCCGUGUGCGCUCGAAGCUUUAAUCAACGCAGCAAUCUGAAAACCCACCUCCUCACACACACAGAUCACAAGCCGUACGAGUGUACCUCCUGUGGCAAAGUGUUCCGCCGAAACUGCGACCUAAGGAGACACGCAUUGACGCAUGCAGUCGGUGAUGUGCCACCAGAAGCGCUCGAGGAGGCGCUCAGAGACGACGACAGCCCGGAAGAGGAUUGUCCGGAGCCUGGCUCGUCGUCCUCGGCGUCCACUACCAAUUCAACGUUACCAUCCUCGGGGACGAACGCUUCUUACCCUCCUCAAGCCUCGUCGGGACCACCGCAACCGCCUCCACCUCCAACUUCAGCAUCCACCCUUCCUCAGAGACCUCAACUACAAAUCAGAAGAGAUCUACUCCCAACUACCGUGAAACCGUCCACUGUGACCAGCAGUGGAAGUGGCGGCCACUCCGUCGCUCAGAAUCCUCCAGGCGCGUUACCACCCCCGCCCCCGUUAAUCCUAACUUCCUACAGACGAAGAAUAGGCUCGCCAGGACCGUCCAGGGUGCUCCUGGAACUGCAAGAACGCGAGAGGGAGCGAGAACGUGACAUCGAGCAAAGCAGAGAGAGGGAGCGCGAGAGGGAAAGGGAGGAGGAGGUAUCACGACCACCCAGAGCACCCACCCCUCAACCACCACCCCCACCCAGACCUGCUCCUGCCAGGCAAGGAUUCACUAUAGCGGAUAUUAUGCGUCGGUAGAGGGAGAAUCUGUUUUAUCGGUGAAUACCAAAUGAUCGUCUGCUGUGAAAUUCGAUUGGGUACACGUAGGACUGUUUUUAUUGGGCCGUAAGUGAGAUCGUUAUUUGGACGUCAUUUGGAAUAUGGUUCAAGUGAUCGAUUAUUUUCUGAAAGGAACUUUCGUUUUCGUUUUUUUGGAUGCGGCGAAAGGUGAAAGAUGGAGUGUGGAUAGGAUUUGUAUGUGUGAGAUUUUUUUUGUUGCUGCAAUUCUGGAAGGACGAUGACACAAUUGAAUUGCCGAUGAGCCAUAUUACAUCGUUGAAGUAAAAAUAAGAUAAAUUGGGAUAAUUCUAAUUAAUUCAAAGUUUGUUUUAUAACUGUGCCAUUAUUCUUCCAGACAUGUUGAUAUUCUCUUCGUUUCAAAGAAUUUGUAAUAAAUUUGUUACAUUUUUUUUUAUUAUUUCUCUUAUUAUAGAAAAUAAAUAAAUCCUGCAAUUAUUUAACACUUUUGCUGCUACUCGUUUAAUUAUUUUUAUAAAAAACUUAUUUUUUGUUUUAUAUAUUCAAAUUUAAAUUAAUUUAAUCAGUUGGAAAAAAAAAUUAAAUUUCAAUAGCAGUAAAAGUGUCAAAUUCUUUUUUUUCUUGAAUUGUCAUCUUGACACGAGAAUCGUUUUUACAAUGAUAGAAAUAUCGUCACGAAAGUGAAAUAUUUUUUCAAUUCUAUUUUGAAGCAACUAUCUAUGAUAUACGUAGAAUCCUCGUGCUCAAUAAGUAUCCAUCAAAAGAUUAAAAAUUUCGAAAGCAUUGUAACAGACUGUGGUGUUGUUUAUUUUAUUAAGUUGUAAAUGUAUAAUUUGUAUUUUUUUUUUUUUAUUACAGAAUUAAAAUGAA